UAUUUUCUAGAAAUGAAAGAUAUGAGUAGUAGUGAGAUAAAUGAAGUAUUAAAUGAAUAUGAAAUGACAAUAAAGGAAUUAUCUGGUAUGUUGGUACAUGAACUAGCUCUACGUGAUGAAUUAGAAUAUGAUAAAGAACUCAAGAACCAGUUUAUAUCCUUGCUGCUGACCAUACAGAAGAAACGCAGAGAUAACAACGUGGACAAGAAGAAACGUAAAUCUAAGACUGUCAGUCAUAAUAAUAAUAAUGGAGCUGCAGAAUCUCCAGUAAAUGCACAUUUAACUACAGUGAUACCAUAUCAUCCAAAUCAAGGUGCCCCAACAUCAGAACAAUUGCAGAUUUACAUAAAAAUUUUGCAGGCAAUAAAUGAAGAUAGUUCUACAGUCCCUACUCUUCUUACAGAUUAUAUCCUUAAAGUAUUAUGUCCAACGUAAUGUUUACAACACAAGUGCAAGAAUGCUGCCAAGAUUCAAGAUGGCUGCCAGAAAUCAAGAUGGAUGCCAAGUUGUUUAAUAAUAGUGCUAGAUAAAUUACCUAGCUUUUUAUACCAAACUUUUACCUACUUUGUUUCAAUGUUAUUAAAUGUUGUUUGUAAAUCAAAUACUACCAGCGAGCCGACAAUGAUCAAAUAUGAGGCCAGCAGCACGCGAUUUUUGUCAAUCAGUGAUAUGAAAAUAUUGUGGGUGUUAUCUUCAUUGUCAAGGUGUUGCGAACUUCAUCUUAUACCUUGACUGCAAUAGCCACCUUUCUAGUAUCUUCUUUAGGUGUAUGCAUAUAACGACAUGUCUUGCACUGGAUCUUUUAAAUUGCAUGGCUUUUGAUUUCCAGAAUCAAACUUUUGGCAUUUUCUUCAUGUGAAUGUUGACUUUAAGAUUUUUUCACAAAAUUUAAGCAAGUAAGCAGUGCUUGAAAUUUUUGUGCUCGAUGCUGAUAAUAUUUUUACAUCCUGUUUUUUCAAUUUAAAUGAUCACCUGUGUUGCUGGCUUCAUUCAGCUUUUACUUGUUCUAAUCAAAAUGAAGAUCAAUGUUUUUAUAUCAAAAUAUG